AUGCUUAUCACUCAGUCUGAUGUUGAUGUCAUCCAAGCCGUGAUCGCCACCCUGAGGCGUUUUGCGGAGGUCACAAGAGAAAUGUCAUCGCAGAAAAGGACAACGGUGUCAAAGGUGAUUCCUCUAAUCAGAAUCUUGCAGGACAUCUUGAAGGACCUGAUGAAUCAGCAAUGCAUUGGGGGUAGUGAGGCAAAAGAAAUCUUACAGCAGUUCAACAGACGCUUUGCGUCAACAGAGACCAAGUACCUGUGGGCAGCCACUACAUACAUCGACCCCCGUUUCAAGAAACACGUCUUUUCAGACAGCUCUGCACUGCAAGCUAUGCAGGAUUGCCUGAAAGGACAGCUGCGCCCAGUGGAAGAAGAAAAAACCUCAGCUGCAGAUGUGGAACCUACUCCAGUCGCUACAGACAACACAUCAAUCUGGACGAGGUUCGACAGCAAAAUUUCAAGUUUUUUACAGACCACAUCGACCCCUGGUGUUCGGCCGAAUCUGGAAAUGCGUCGGUAUGCGGAGGAGAACCCCAUCUACAGGCAGCAAGACCCCCUGGGAUGGUGGAGGAAGCAUUCCUCACUGAUGACACAGCUUCAAGAAAUAGCUAAGAAAUGUCUUUGCAGCCCCGCAACAAGCUUGCCGUCAGAGAGUGUUGUCUGA